AUGGAUGUGUCUGGAAAGGAGGAAGAAGGGGAGGAGUUGAAGGGAAAGGGGAGGGGUCGGGGCGAAGGGGAGGAGUGGAAGGAGGUGUCGUGUGCGGCGAUCGACUGGGCUGUAGUCAUGUCUGUUGCUGAUGCUUCUCUGUGGCUGGUAGAUGCUACAGAGGGGGGUGAGGGGAUGGGGGAGGCGACGAGGGUGGGGGGGGAGAGGAGUGUGGGGGAAGAAGGGAGAAUGGGAAAGGAGAGAGUGGGGGAGGAAAGGGAAGGGGAAGAGGAGGGGAUGCAACCAAAACGAGGAACCAAAGUACAAGGGGGUCGAGGAGAGCAAAGGAACAGGCAAGGAGACCGAGAAGAGCAGUGCGAGCAGGGGGCAGGAGAGCGAGAAGCCACAGAGGAGCAGGGGCGUGAUGGGUUGCACUGUGAGCAGCAGCAGGGGCUGAGAGUGCUGGGGCGGCACAUGCAGAGACAGAGCCUAGAGGAGCAGCUGGAAGCUGUGGAGCGCAUGAGAGGGUGUGUGGUUGUCGCCAGGCACACUGGAAGAGGGCGCGUUGACAGCUCUCAGCAGGGGCUGAGAGUGCUGGGAGGACACAUGCAGAGACAGAGCCUGGAGGAGCAACUGGCUGCAGUGGAGCGCAUGAGAGGGUGUGUGGUUGUCGCCAGGCACACUGGGUGGCUGUAUCGCGUGUCUCGGGGGGAGGCGGGGAGGGAUGAGGGUAAGAAGGAAGAGGGGAAGGAUGGGGAGGGGGAAGGGGAGGCUCGGGAGGAGGAGGUUGGAGGAGAGGGCGUGUUGACAGCUCUGAGUCCCUUCCCUAAUGAAGGCUAUUCGACGUUCGAGGAGUAUUUCAGAGAGAGGCACGGUGUGCGACUGGUGUGCUCCCAUCUGCCUCUGCUGCUCAUGCGCUCGCUUCCCUCUGCCAAGGCCUGCCUCAAGCUGCCCUCACCAAACGACAUGCCUAAAGCCUCCAAGACCAGCACCCUUUCCUCUUCCUCCUCCCGCCCAUUCUCCGUGCUGCUGCCCCCCGAGCUACUCCAUCCGCUCAUGUCCUUCCCUCUCUACCAGGCUGCCUCGCUGCUGCCCUCUGUGCUGCACCGCCUGCACGGGCUUCUGCUAGCAGGAGAAUUAAGGGACAGAAUUGGCCGGGAGGCUCAAAUGGAAGUGAUUCUCUCAAAGCUUCCAGUCACUAGGCUCCUGCAUGCCAUAACGGCCUACUCAACUGGUGAGGGCUUUUCCUACGAGAGGGACGAGCUGCUGGGGGAUUGUUUUCUCAAGGCGGCGCUCAGCUCACAUCUUUUUCGCGAGCUGCCCGGCGCACAUGAGGGCGUGCUGACUCAGCGCCGCACCGACGCUAUCAGCAACGAGGCGCUGCUAUCAACUGCCAGGGAGAAGAAGCUGCAUGAGUAUCUGCGCACUGGAAUCUUCACAACUGGAAAAUGGUACGUGCCAGGUGUUGCUCCUCGUGACUAUCCAUGCGGGCAUGCGCAGUUGAAGCAGCAGAUCAGGGAGCGGCGAACACAAGAAAUGGGGAAGCAGCACGCAUUGGAAAGGAGGAGGAGAAAGAAGAAUCCAAAGCAGUCUGCAGCUCAAGGGAUGGAGCAAGAGGCAAGGGAAGGGGAGGAGGGGGAGGGUGGAGGGAAGAAUGGAGCAGAUGAGGAGGACGAGGAAGGGGUUAAUAGAUCUGGAGAAGGGGAGGAAGAGGAUGAGGAGGGAGAGGAGGGGGAGGAGGGGGAGGAGGAGGAGGGAGCGGAAGAAGUGGAGGAGGGAGAAGAUGACGAGGAGGAGGAACAGGAGGAAGAGGAGGAGGAGGAGGUGGGUGAAGACGAUGAAAAAAUUGAAGAGGAAGGAGAGGAUACAGAUGAGGGGAGUGAGGAAGAGGUAAUGGAUGAAGAGGAAGGGGAUGAGGAAGACGAGGAGGAGGAGGAGGAGGAGGAGGAGGAGGAGGAGGAGGAGGAGGAGGAGGAGGAGGAGGAGGAGGAGGAGGAGGAGGAGGAGGAGGAGGAGGAGGAGGAGGAGGAGGAAGAGGAGGAAGAAGCAGAGGAAGAUGACAAAGAGGAAGAAGAGGAAGGAGAAAGGGAGAAGAGAAAAGCCUUAAUAAACAGUGCUCUUGAAACUGAAGAGGUCUGCAUUGUUGAAGGCGAAGGUGUUGAGAGCGGUGGAAGCAGCAAGGUGGGAGGAAUCAACCACAUGAAAGCAUUGAACCCGCUACCUCCCUUGGUGGUGGUAUCCCCGCCUCCUGUGCGCGUGUCUGGGAAGGCUUUAGCUGAUUUGGUGGAAGCUCUGGUGGGGUGUGUGUGGGACACGUGUGGGGCUGCUGCUGCUACACGUGUCAUGGCCUGGUUGGGUCUUCCGGUGGGGCUGUCUGGAUUUGAGGGGGUGGAUGUGGGUCGAGGAGAGAGGGAGAGAGUGGCUGGGAGAGCGGGUGGUGAGGUGUGUGGAGGGGUGGGUGAAGGGGUGUGUGGAGGGGUGGGUGAAGGGGUGUGUGGAGGGGUGGGUGAAGGGGUGUGUGGAGGGGUGGGUGGAGGGGUGUGUGAAGGGGUGGGUGGAGGGAGGAGUGGGAAGAGUGUGGAAGGAAACGAGGGAGAGGUGUGUGUGGGUGGGAAUGGGGAGAAAACCGCAGAGGACAUAGGAGCGAGGGGUUCUGAUACAGAUGAGUUGAUGAUUGAAGAAAGUGGGAGAAAGGAAGGAGAGGAAGGACGAGCGAGGGGAGAAGAGGAGGGAGGGGAGGAGGAAGGAGAGCAGAGAGAGGAGGAGGGUGGAGGCGAGAAGGGGCUGUCUGGAGUGAGGGAGAUAGAGAAGGCACUGGGAUAUGAGUUCAGAGAUAAACGGCUGGUGCUGGAGGCCCUAACCCAUCCCAGCUUCGUCAACUGGGCCUCUGACGAAGUCGUCACGUGUUACCAGGUGAGCUAUUUGAGACAGCAGCUCAUGUCAAAGGGGUUGUGUGGGGCGAGGAAGGUAGAGGCGGCACUGGGACACGAGUUCAGGGACAAGCGGCUGGUGCUGGAAGCCCUGACUCACCCCAGCUUCGUCAACUGGGCCUCUGACGAAAUGGUGACGUGUUACCAGCUGCACGUGCAGCACCCGCACCAGACGCCACGUCAGCUCACCUUUCGCCGCGCCGCGCUCGUCAACAACGAGAACCUCUCCCGCAUCGCCACGUCAGCCGUUUCUGCUGCUGGUGCCACGUCAGCAGGAGGCUCGGGAUUGGCCCUGCACCGCCACAUCAGACAUUUCUCGGUCCACCUGGGCGGGGAGAUUGCAGCGUUUGUGAGGGACCGAGAGGAGAGGAGGGAGAGGGAAAGGAGUGAGAGGGAGAGGAGGGAGAAAGAGAGGAAAAAAUAUAGGAAAGAGGUUAUGGAAGGAGAGAACCAGAAGGGGGAGGGAGCAGCAGAAAUGGCUAAGUCAGUGGGAGGCAGAUGGGGUGGUGGGAACACAACAAGGGUGGGAGGGCGAGGAAGUAUGGGGGUGCCUGCAAGUGUAAUAGGAGUAGGGGUUGUAAACCAAGCAGGGAUCACCAGCUUGGAGGUGUCUCACAAGGGGUUUGCGGACAGUGCAAUGGGGGAAGGGGAGAUGGAGGAGGAGGGGGGAGAGAGGGAGCGGGGGAAGCAGAGGAAGGAGGUGGAGCGAGAGGAGGAGGGUGGAGAGGAGGGGGGAGAGGAGGGGGGAGAAGAGGGGGGAGAGGAGGGGAGGAGGGAGAAGCUGGAUGGAUACUUUGGGGAGGGCGGAGUGCAGGCUCCUAAGGCAAUAGGAGACGUGCUCGAAUCCCUGGUGGGGGCGACUCCGGUCGACU